UGCGACGAAUAUAAUUUUAAAAACCUACAAUGGUGUUGCAAUUAAGCCAGCUGGCAUAUGUGAAAUGCUUGUGGAGUACCACGGUAAAUCCGCGUCGGUGUCGGUAAUAGUGGUUAAAAAUGGGGGGCCGCCGCUUCUAGGAAGAAAUUUUUUACAUGCUUUCGGUAUAAACCUGGCUAAUUUUAAUUAUUUCGACUCCAGUUGUAACACAGAUGCACGUAAAGUUGUAGACAAAUUCCCUGCGCUAUGGGACGGGAGUUUAGGUUGCUUUAAAAAAGCACAGGCAAAAUUGCGAUUAAAAGAAGGGGCGACUCCCAAAUUUUGCAAACCACGGCUAGUGCCUCUGGCUAUUCAGGAAAAAGUAGAGCGCGAAAUCGAAAAAUUGGUUAAGCUAAACGUGUUGGAGCCGGUAGAUUUUUGCGAGUGGGCGACUCCUAUCGUACCGGUCUUAAAAAAAAGUUUCUUUAGUAGUAGCGUGGAGUACCUAGGGCAUAUUAUUGAUAAGCAUGGGCUGCAUACGAAUCCCAAAAAAGUGAGGGAAAUUGAAAACAUCGCGUACCCCAAAAAUGUGAAAGAGUCGCAGGCAUUCUUAGGCGUAGUAAAUUUUUAUAGAAGAUUUUUGCACAACGUUGCCAGUAUUGGUGCGCCAUUAUAUGAAUUGCUUAAAAAAGAUGUUGUGUUCCAGUGGUCUGACGGUUGUAGUCGCGCAGUGGAUGAGCUUAAAGUUGCCUUAAAGGCUGAUACGUGCUUAGCGCAUUUUAACCCUACGUUUAAAACGAAAUUAACCGUUGAUGCUAGCCCAGUGGGUGUGGGGGCAGUGUUGUCGCAAAUUUCAGACCAAGGUGAGGAGCGGCCAAUAGAAUUCGCUUCGCGUAAAUUGUCGGAUACCGAACAGCGCUAUUCGCAACUGGAUCGAGAAGCAGUAGCUAUUCUGUACGGCGUAAAAAAGUUUCACCACUUUCUAUAUGGCCGCCACUUUACAUUGGUAACUGACAAGAAACCACUGCACCACAUUUUCAACCCUAAAAAGGGUAUUCCGUUAAUGGCAGCGAGUAGACUUCAGCGCAUAGCGCCCACGUUAUCAGGUUACAGUUUCGAUAUAGCUCACAUUAAGUCAGCCACGAACAUAGCCGAUUUCUUUUCAAGGUAUCCUGGCAAUAAAGAAGAAGGCAUGGAUGACAAUUCAGAAGGGGUGUAUUUGAAUUACGUGGAAGGAGGAGGUAUGCCUGUGAACCUCAAAAAAGUACAAGAAACCGUUAAAAGUGACGCACUAUUGCAGAAGGUUAUCGAGUACGUGAACUCAGAAUGGCCUCGAAAAUGCGAAGAGCCGGAAUUACGUCCAUAUUUUGAUAGGAGCUUGGAGUUGUCCAUAGAUAAGGAAUGCUUGUUCUGGGGCUAUAGACUAGUUAUUCCCAAGGCCCUGCAAACAGAGGUAGUGGAGUUUUUACAUGAUUCCCAUAUGGGGAUAAGCGAAAUGAAGGCCAUGGCGAGGGAAUGUUGUUGGUGGCCAGGUCAGGGCAAAGAUUUGGAAGAUGUCGUGAAGUCGUGCGAAUCAUGCUUGAUGACGCGCGCUAGUCCGCCAAAGCAGGAGCUCGUGACUUGGAAACGGCCGAAACAACCAUGGAGCCGAAUUCACGUUGACUUUUUCGGCCCUUUCAUGAAUAGGUGGUGUCUAGUGAUAGUAGAUAGUUACCCAAAAUGGGUCGAGUGCGUGGAUAUGGGGAAAAAUACCACGAGUAAGGCGACUAUAGAUGUGUUAAAAAAUAUUUUUGCGCGUUUUGGGUUACCGGAAACUUUGGUUUCGGAUAAUGGUACCGCUUUCGUGUCCCAGGAGUUCCAACGAUUUUUACAAUUAAAUGGUAUUCAGCAUUCUACCACGCCAGUUGGCCAGCCUGCCACUAAUGGGUUAGCGGAAAAUACAGUGAAGACUUUUAAAAGCGCUUUAAAACGAGGUAUGGGGCCUCCAGGGGGUCAAUUUAAUGAUGUGCUAAGCCGGUUUUUAUUGGACUAUCGCAAUGCUGCGCACUGUAGCACAGGGGUCUCACCCGCACAACUUAUGUUCAGUAGACAGUUGCGUACACGGUUGGAUUUAUUGAAUCCAAAAAGAAAAGCUGAAGAAAAAAUUAAGGAGGUUAUUGAGGAAAAUGUAAUAAAACAGCAAAACAGACGGAAAAAAAAUUAUCGCGGAUCCAAAAUAAAUAAGUUUAAAGUAGGCGAGCAGGUAAUUGUUAAAGAUUUUUCAAUUCCGGGGCGAUUUUCGUGGACCAAGGCAAUCAUUGUCAAAGCUCUUGGAAAACAAAUUUUUUUGGUAAAGACAAAUAAUAAUGCGAAAGAAUGGAAAAGACACGCAAAUCAAAUUAUUCCAUGCAAAAAUAAAAAAGUUACAAAUGGUCAAGAACCAGAAAUUUUAUCGAAUCCGCUGGAAAAAAUAAAGCUUAAAAACGAUUUGCAUGAACAAGGUCACGAAAAUUCCCGGAAAUCGCCUGAAAUUUAUACGAACAAAGUAGUUUUGGAUGAUCCUAAUAAUAAAAAUGUUACCGAAAGUGGGAGUCAGCAAAACCACAGAUACAAUUUGCGUAAUAGGAAGCAAUCUAAUUGAUGUUAAAUAAAUUUAACCCAAUAUUUUUUCUUAUAUUGUUUAUACUUUCAUCAACAUUUAACGAUAAAUAGCUUAUAUAAUAAAUAAGUGAAUUAAAUUAUAGAAUAAGUGAAUUGAAUAAAA